AUAGCACUUGAUCAAAUCUCAAAUUUCACAAAGCAAAACAUAUUCAAAAGCCUUAGCUAAAAAAAUUUGAAUAUUUUCAUUCAAUCUUCAUAUAGUAAUGGAUAGAGUAAAGGAUUUAUCAUCGAAGAAAGCGGCGGUUAUAUUUACAAAGAGUUCAUGUUACAUGUGUCAUAGCAUCAAGCAACUUUUCUAUGAGCUUGGUGCAAGUCCUGCAGUAUAUGAACUGGACAAUGAUGCAUCAUAUGGUAGGGAAAUGGAAUGGGCUUUGAAGGGUAAUUUUGGAUGUAACCCUUCAGUUCCAGCAGUGUUUAUAGGUGGAAAAUUUGUAGGAUCAUCGAAAGAUGUUAUAUCUCUACAUGUUGAUGGAUCUCUCAAACAAAUGCUUAUGGAUGCAAAAGCCAUUUGGUUAUAACUGUUUAUAGUAUAUACCAAAAGUGGAGAAGUUCUUGGGACACAUCUGGUUUUUCUUGAGUGUGUUCCUGUUUAAUUUGUUUUUCUGGUUUUUCUAAAAGGCUGUUUAUAAGAUAUAAGUUGAUAAUAAGGGCGGUCAAGUGCACGAGGCUCUGCGAAGUGGAGUCUGAAGUAGAGAGGUUGUUACAAGAUUUGAACUCAUGACUUAUCGGUCACGAGGCAAGAAUCCCUCAUACCGUUGCGCCAAGGCUUGUCCCGAAAAAUGGUUGUAUAUGUAAAUGGUUGAUUGAUUUUAGUUUUAUGAAAGAAAAAAAUCUUGUAUGUUGAACUAAUGGAACGAGGUAAGAUCGUUAUAUACUAAUUGAAAAAAAAAAAAUCAUAGUUUUAGAAAAUAUGAACUCUAUCGUCGAUAUGAGGAUAUGAGAUUAAACGCCUCAGAUUACACAAGAACGAAAUUAACGCAGUUGGUGUAAGGAACUGAUACUAAUAAUAAUAGUUGUAGAAUUUGCUAUUUUAA